UGCCACUGGCACACUAGCUAGCAACCUUGUCAGAGUUAGAGUCAUUCGGUUUGACGAGAUGUCAAUAAUGUAACUUUCGGCGUAGUUGUGUUCGGGCUCAAGACGAUGAUCGCCUGCAGAUGAAUUCCGUGUUAUCGGACCAAUUUUUUUGUAACCGAAUACGACGUGGUUUUAUUAACGUUAGCUUAAGUUACAAGAUUGACAAGAUAGACGGUUAAAGUUCCUCCGGAGAUGGGUAACGCUAGGCUGACCAAAGGUAGCUUAUGUAGCAGGUUAGCCAGCUGAAUGCGAGAUGGAACUAAGAAUAUUUCCAGAUGAAUUUCGACCAUAAAUAAACUGUUUAUUUAUUCGGGUAGUUGCCUGAGUAAUGAUCGUAAAAAACUGAGCAUUAGUGUCCGGCCGUAGCUGUCAACUCCCGCUGGUCCUGGCCGCUGCGCUGGCCUAGGAAGCUAGCAGUAAGCUAGCUAGCCGCACGUCUGGCUCAUCUACCAAAGUUGCGUGUUGUUGAUGGCCUCCCUGCCAGCCAUGGACACUGUGACAGACACAUGCCCCGCGGUGCACCAAAAUGGGAACGCCCAUCGGGAAUCUCCAGACACAAGACCAGCCGCUGCUGUUCUCAGAGUUCAUUUCUACCACAGCAGCCAGGGAGCAGCUGACUGCAGCUUACUCGGCUACCCACCUGGGGACUAUGUGGCUGAAGAGCUGUGUAUAGAUGCAGCCAAGGCAUGCAGUAUAUCACCUCUGUACUACAGCCUAUUUGGUCUCUUCCGAGAACAAGACUGCUUGUGGUUUUCACCCAACCAUAUCUUCCAGCUUGACGAAACAGCUUCAGAAGAUUUGUUUUUCCGAAUAAGGUACUACUUCCCUGGCUGGUACAGUGGUGGGGCAUCCCGGGCAUAUCGAUAUGGGGUCGCUAAGGGGUCAGAAAGCCCUGUCCUUGACGACUUUGUAAUGUCAUACCUCUUCUCUCAGUGGAGGAGUGACUUUGUGAAUGGCUUGGUGAAGAUCCCCAACUCCCAUGAGACUCAAGAAGAGUGCCUCGGUAUGGCUGUACUCGACCUGACAAGGACAGCCAAAGAAAGACAGAUGUCUCCACUGGACAUCUACCACACUACAAGUUACAAGUCCUUCUUGCCAAAGGACAUGAGAGCUCAGAUCCAGGACUGCAAUUUCUUGACACGUAAGCGAAUCCGCUUCCGCUUCAAGCGCUUCAUCCAGCAGUUCAGUCAGUGUCGGACCACAGCGCGCGACCUCAAGCUUAAGUACCUCAUCAGCAUGGAGUCCUUGGAGGAGGCCUUCUACACGGAGACCUUCCAUGUCAGAGAGCCAUCCAGCGGACAGCUCAUCAUCCUGGUGGCGGCAGACACUGGCAUCCAGUGGUGUCGAGAGAAAUUGAAGGAUUCUGACCAGGAGUUGCAGACCUUGUGUGAUUUUCCUGAUGUCACUGACAUCAGCAUCAAACAGGCCAGCAAGGAGGGCGCUGCGGAGAGUCGAGUGGUCACCAUCAACAAACAAGAUGGCAAGAAUCUGGAGCUGGAAUUCCCGAGCUUAUCUGAAGCACUUUCCUUUGUGUCCCUAAUUGAUGGUUACUAUCGGCUGACCACAGACGCACAUCACUACCUUUGUAAAGAAGUGGCACCUCCGAGGCUUCUGGAGGCCAUCGCUUCUCAUUGCCAUGGCCCAAUUUCAAUGGAGUUUGCCAUCAGCCGGCUUCAGAAGUGUGGAAACAAGCGGGGCCUUUACAUUUUGAGAUGUAGCCCUAAAGAUUUCAACAAGUAUUUUCUGACUUUCCCUGUUGAGGUGUAUGACACUGUAGAAUACAAGCACUGCCAGAUAACCAGGUCUGCCAGUGGGGAGUUUAACCUCAGUGGAGCCAAAAGAAACUUCAGUAGCCUGCAGGAACUACUUAGCUGCUACCAAAAGGAAACUGUGCGCUCUGACAGUGUAAUUUUCCAGUUCAACAAGUGCUGUCCACCUAAAGCCAAAGAAAAGUCCUGCCUGCUUGUGUGCAGGAGCAACAAGGGCUCAGAUGUGCCUCUGUCUCCAUCACUACAUCGACAUAACAUCAGUCAAAUGGUGUUUCACAAGAUCAGGAAAGAAGAUCUGGAAUUUAUGGAGAGUCUUGGUCAAGGGACAUUUACAAAGAUCUUCAAAGGGGUCCGCAAGGAGCUGAGAGACUAUGGACUCGUGCACCAAACAGAAGUUGUCAUGAAAGUGCUGGACCAGGCCCACAGGAAUUACUCUGAGUCUUUCUUUGAAGCUGCCAGCAUGAUGAGUCAGCUGUCCCAUAAGCACCUGAUCCUUAACUACGGCGUUUGUGUCUGCGGAGAAGAGAACAUCAUGGUGCAGGAGUAUGUGAAGUUUGGCUCACUGGACACCUACUUAAAGAAGAACAAGAACUCUAUAAACAUCCUGUGGAAACUUGAAGUGGCAAAGCAGCUGGCCUGGGCCAUGAACUUCUUGGAAGAAAAGAAUCUUGUCCAUGGGAACGUAUGUGCUAAAAACGUUCUUCUGAUCAGAGAGGAGGACCGGAGGGCUGGGAACCCCCCUUUUAUCAAACUGAGCGAUCCUGGCAUAAGCAUCACUGUCCUACCCAAAGAAAUCCUGAUAGAGAGGAUCCCUUGGGUGCCCCCUGAGUGUGUCGAGGACCCUGCCGACCUGAGCCUGGCUGCAGACAAGUGGAGUUUUGGCACCACACUAUGGGAGAUCUGCAGCGGUGGGGAGAAACCUUUAGCAACACUGGACAACUCUAAGAAAACCUUGUUCUACGAGGACCACCACCAGCUUCCUGCACCAAAGUGGGCCGAGCUGGCUAAUCUGAUUUCCAGCUGCAUGGACUAUGAGCCCACAUUCAGGCCCACGUUCCGCGCCGUCAUCCGUGACCUCCACAGCCUCUUCACACCAGACUAUGAGUUGAUUGUGGACAGUGACAUCCUGCCAAACAAGACAGUGAGCUCUGCCUGGUCGACUGGAGGCUUUGAGAAUCAGGAGCCCGCUCAGUUUGAAGAGAGACACCUCAUAUUCCUACAGCAGUUGGGCAAGGGAAACUUUGGCAGUGUGGAGAUGUGCCGAUACGACCCACUUCAGGACAACACUGGAGAGGUUGUGGCUGUGAAGAAACUUCAGCACAGCACUGCAGAGCACAUACGAGACUUUGAGCGAGAGAUCGAGAUCCUGAAAUCCCUGCAACAUGAGAACAUUGUCAAGUACAAAGGCGUUUGCUACAGUGCAGGACGGCGAAAUCUCCGUCUCAUCAUGGAAUAUCUUCCCUUUGGAAGUCUACGAGAUUACCUCAUGAAAAACAAAGAAAGGAUCGACCACAAGAAGCUUGUGCACUACACUUCUCAGAUCUGCAAGGGUAUGGAGUAUCUGUCAAGUAAGCGAUAUAUCCACAGAGACCUGGCAACAAGAAAUAUCCUUGUGGAGAGUGAGCUGAGGGUGAAGAUUGGAGAUUUUGGCCUCACCAAAGUUCUGCCUCAGGACAAAGAGUACUACAUGGUCAAAGAGCCGGGAGAGAGCCCCAUAUUCUGGUAUGCCCCGGAGUCGUUAACUGAGAGCAAGUUCUCUGUCGCGUCAGAUGUAUGGAGCUUUGGCGUGGUGCUUUAUGAGCUUUUCACCCACAGCGACAAGAUGUGCAGCCCUCCUGCAGUUUUCAUGUCUAUGAUGGGGAACGACAAGCAGGGACAGCUGAUCGUCUAUCACCUCAUUGAACUCCUUAAAUCAGGCAGCAGGCUGCCUCAGCCUCUGGGUUGUCCCACAGAGAUACAUGAGGUCAUGGAGGAAUGCUGGGACAACGACCCCAGCCUGCGUCCUUCUUUCAAGGAACUCGCCCUGCGGAUCGACUUGUUCAGGGACAGUAAGGAGUUUUAAAAUCACCCAAAGUGCCCUGCUCCUCUUCAACCGAGACGCUCUUAACAUUGUUGUCCUGUUUGUGGCAAAGGGACAAAAGGCCAAAACGAGGUCCUUCUCCUGCUGAGUCCUAGAGCAGUUUGUGAUUGGAAGAGUGAUGGUUCACGACUAGGACCAGCUCAGAAACUACUACCAAGGUGCCUUUAAGCAAGGCACUCAACUCCUAUUUUCUAUAGUGGAGCCGGCUUAGUUGCCAGCAGAAGAAAAUGGAGGCAUGGAUGUGUUGAACUGUUGAAGGUGAUGUUGCUGAACGAGAGCAAACGUUCGAUAAAAAAUCCUGGAUAAAGUUUUAAAAGAUGAGUUCAAGAGUUUUUAGAGACUUUGAGUAGACUAUUGCCAGGCCUGAAGCUAGAGAUGCUUGUGUCAAACAAGGUCUCUGUGUGUGUGUGUGUGUGUGUGUGUGUGUGUGUGUGUGUGUGUGUGUGUGUGUGUGUGUGUGUGUCAGUGAGAGAGAGAGAGAGAGAGAGAGAGAGUUUGUGUGUAUGUGUGAGUGAGAGAGAGAGAGAGCAUGUGCGUUUUGUCCACGUAAACAGCUAGCAGGGCUAGCUCUUGCCAUCCCCUUUUCCCCUCACCUGAAGAGAAAUGGACUAAUAGAGCUGAGUGUUUUCUAUGUAUUUGUGUAUAUACCUGCAGUAUAUUUGUGUACAUAUGUCCAGAAAAUUUUUAUAAUUUUAUAAAAUGAAAAUAUAGUAAAUACUAUAUUUGAACUGCCAGAAAGGUGCAAAUGAAGCACAUACAAAAAUCUCUUGUUUUAUGUUUUCAUUGUGAGAGGUGGUGUGAAAAUUAAAGAACAGUUUAAU